UCAACAUAUCUGAAAAAUUUUAUGCUAAAUCUGAUGAAGGAUGAUAGCAUAUAUUGGGUUAAACCUCAAGAUCCCUGAAUUUUUCUCUGUAAUUUGUUUUUGGUGCAUGCCCUCACUCUUGCUUUCACAACAAAAGGUCAGCAGAGACAAUGAUAACGGUAUUUAAACGAAUACUGUUUCUGAUCUUCUCCUUUCCAGUGCUCACAUACCUUGUUACUCUUACCUUCGCCGUUGAUCCUUUCUUCCAGUCUAGAUGCGUAGAGGAUACAGGGAAUUACACAGCUAAUAGUGCCUACGAACGCAACCUGAAUAGCCUCUUCAACGAAAUCUCCUCUACUACAAAAUUGAAUUAUGGGUUUUUUCACAGUAAAUUUGGCGAAGUCAACGCCAUUGCACUUUGUAGGGGAGAUGUUAAGCUAAAUGAUUGCACUAGUUGUCUCAAUGGCACUGUUUCUGAGAUGAAGCAGCGUUGUCAUCGCUACAAAGAGGCCAUUGGAUGGUCUGAGUUUUGUAUGUUACGCUACUCAAGCAGAAACAUCUCUAAAAGAUUGGAAAUUUCUCCUGGCGCUUGUCUAUUGAACACAAGGUCUGCAGUGGCAGGUAAUCCGGAGGAGAUACUUCGUGUACUGCAGGUGUUGUUGGAUUACCUGCGUAGGGUAGCAGCAGCAAGGGGUGCUCUUCUCAAGUAUGCAACAGGUAACUCAUCUCUGGGUGCCCAAAUUUGGUACGCUCUUGUGCAGUGCACUCCUGAUUUAUCGGAGCAAGACUGCAAUGAUUGUCUAGAAGCGGUAACGGAAGGGAUUAGGAGUUGCUGCUUUGGGCAGAUGGGAUGCCGGGUUCUUAGACCCAGCUGUAACUUAAGGUUUGAGUCAGCCAAGUUUUUUGAUGCUGCACCUGCUGUUCCGCCCCCGCAAUCACCCCAGUCAACGAAAGAAGAAGAUAAACAAAAAAAAUCAGUCCGGAUUCCGCUUGGUGCGAGUUUAUCAGCGACUCUUGGGCUGGCUCUCUUUUCUGCAUGUGGUUUCUUCAUAUGGAGGAGGAGAAACAUUCAAGAGGAUAACGAAAAUAGUCAAGAAGUUCAAUUACUUGACUUGGUACAAGGAAGUAUACUCGAUGAGCACUCAAGCGAAAAUUUUAACAGAGAAAAUGUGUCGAGAUCUCAAGAAUUUCCUUCGAUUCAAUUGGAUAUUUUACACGUUGCAACAAAUUACUUUUGUAAUGAAAAUAAGCUUGGAGAAGGUGGAUUUGGCCCUGUAUACAAGGGUACACUAGCAGAUGGUAAAGCAAUUGCAGUUAAAAGGCUCUCAAGAACUUCCGGUCAAGGGCUGCUUGAGUUCAAGAAUGAAGUCAUGUUAAUUGCCAAAUUACAGCAUAGAAAUCUGGUGAGGCUCUUAGGAUGUUGCUUGGAGAAAAACGAAAAGUUGCUGGUGUACGAAUUCAUGCCCAACAGAAGCCUUGAUGUUUUCCUGUUUGAUUCGAGCAUGGCUGUGGAACUUUCCUGGCCAAAACGAUUCAGCAUUAUUAAAGGAAUCUCUCGAGGUGUCAUGUAUCUGCACGAGGAUUCUCGUCUUAGAAUUAUCCACAGAGAUCUUAAAGCGAGUAAUGUUUUACUUGAUCAUGAGAUGAAUCCCAAAAUUUCAGACUUUGGUAUGGCAAGAAUUUUUGGUGGAGAUCAAAAUCAAGUAAAUACGAAUAGAGUAGUUGGAACAUAUGGAUACAUGGCACCCGAAUAUGCAAUGGAAGGACUCUUUUCUAUCAAAUCUGAUGUUUUCAGUUUUGGAGUCCUUUUGCUGGAAAUCAUAAGUGGAAAAAGGAAUAACGGUUUUCAUGUUUCAGAGCGUGGUGAAAGCCUCUUGACUUUCGCAUGGAAACUAUGGUCUAAAGGUCAAGGAAUGGAGCUAAUGGAUCAGCUCCUUGUGCAGUCGUGUGUUGCUGCUGAGGUGCUUAAAUGCAUCCAUAUUGGGCUAUUAUGCGUGCAAGAAGACCCAGCAGACAGACCCAGCAUGUCAUCUGUGGUUGUCAUGUUAGGAAGCGAGACCAUUACACUUCCUCGACCAGUAGAACCUGCGUUUUCUGUUGGACGUGUUGUUGCAGAACCAACUGAGCCCACUUCAAAUGAUAGAAACCGUUCUAUUAAUGAGGUUACAAUUUCAAAUUUGUCGCCUCGAUGAUUGAUUCGUGGGUGCAUAUAUAUUCCUUUAUUUCUUCAUCUUUCUUUUUUUGAUACAUGAAACAAUGGGUGAUUGAUUACUACACUAUUUCAACAAAACAAUGGGAGAUGUUAUUUCAUUUUAUCUAUUCUUUAUCUUCAUACAUGGGGUAUCCAAGCAGCUUGUUGAGACCAAGAAGUUUACUCUGCUAUCUGAGAUGGUGAGAUUUCCUGCAAAAAAGUCUGAAUCCAAAGUCAUGAAUUUUGCAAAAUUUCAUCAGUACAACAAAUUUGUAUAGGAAGAGUUGCCAACUAAAGAAAUAAGAAUGGACUUGGAUCAUGUGUAAAUUCUAUCAGGCGUAUAUUCAUAUU